AGACAUCGAAUCAUCAAUCAUCCAAAAACCUGAACUUAUAUUCCCGCCAUUUCUACAUCUGUGUGUGUGUAAGAGAGAGGGAGAGAUCGCCAUGGAUGUCAAGCAAGCAGGCUUAUCACUCGACUCUUUAGUUUCAUCCUUCAACACUCGCAUUGCAGAGCUUCAAGAUCUCGUCGUUGCCCGUAACAUGUAUCCUGCGAGCAGCAUCACGGAUUUGUCAGCAGUUGACACAACUCUGAAGGCCAUGGAACAUCAACUACAGCAGAUCAAAGAUCGCUUGCGUGAAGAAACCCUAGCCAUUCCGAAAGCUAAAAAGCUGAUUAAAGCAUCUCUACAACAGCAGCAGAAGUUGCAGAGUAUGUCUGUGUAUGCUCCAUCAUAUAUGCCUGAAAGGGGAAAAGUUAUGCAUCAUGAUAAUACUACAUGUUCCACAAUAGAGGAACCUGUAAAACAAGAUUAUUCUUUUGGGAUUCAAGAGCCCAAAGAGGAGCCUGCACCAUUAAUCAAAGAGAAAAAGGGUCGUGGGUCCCCACCUUUGUGGUACAUUACUGCUAAUGAACUAGACUCUUUGUCAUCGUAUAUGAGAGGAAGGCUAACACUUGAUAAGAUCAAUGCAGCCAUUAAUGACAUGGCUGUUUAUGCUGAGGCAAACUCCCAACUUAUAACAGCCCCAAGAAAGAAGCUGACUGAAAGCACCAUAGAGAAAGCUCUGGAAGUUAGAGAGAUUGGAAUGGCGGAAGGAGUGAAGGGAAAACACUUCUUUUUGGAAACUGAUGUUAAAGGUCCUUCAUUGAAGCUUGACAUUACUGGAAAAGCAAUAUUAACUGUCCUUCGUCACCUUGGUCGCAUAAGUGAGAGCAGAAUCGGCCAUCAUCGCGUCUUCAUUCUAUUAAGACCUCAAUGAGCACAGGUCCUUCAUCACCUUUUUUUUUUUUAAUUUUCUUUUUUCUAUUUGGGAUACAAAAAAUAUCGAUUCUAAAUCAAUAUUAAAACAAUUGCUUGAUUAUUAUCCAAACAAAUACACACUUGUGACUUGACAGUUGACACUACACUACACCAACAUUAAGGAACUAAAACUAAAAAAAAAUGUCAUUCACACUUAAACCCUUCCGGAACCUUCUUUCCACAUGAAUUGAGCACCAAACUAAGAGCAAUAGGGACAUUAACCUUAAGGACACCAAGCACAUUAGCCUUAAUUGCUGUGCAUAAACACAAUGCUGCUUCAAGGUCAGCUAGACCUUUAAUCAAUGUGCAACAUUCACUAUCUGGUUGAGCCCCAAUGACUUCAUGAACUAGCCCUAGCCAGUCACCACAGACACCAAAUUUUAGGGUGUCUUUAGGACACUUGCUACUGGUUGGUGGUUUAGGGAGAGAUGUUGGAGGGCAUGCUGGGUCGGUGGAUGAGACACAUGUGAAAAUAGUUAGGUUAAGUAAUACGAAAAGAGUAGUUGUUUUAGAAGAAUUCA